CGCGAAAGGGUGCAACGCGCUCUCGAACAAGAGAAGCGACGCGGUAUCUUCCGUGCGCACUUCACGAAGCGAUGCUGCCCUCCGCGCUGCCGUCGCGCUUGUUCAAGUCCAUCAACUCAUGGAAAGGCCGUCGCAGCGAAUACGAGUCGGUGCAUACGCUCGAUGAACUGCCGGUUGCCGAGGCACCGACGCAGGUGCUCACGUGCCACCUGGCUCCACGCCCCGCGCCGAGCCCGCGCACCGAGGCGUCGUCACCGAUGUCGUACGAUGUCUUGCUCCACAAGGACGAGCACGGGCUCGGCUUGUGCCUCGCGGUCGACGACGCCCAUCGACUCGUCGUCGCGUCGUUUCGGCGACUGCACGCCAACGACGUCGGGCCCGCCGAGGCGUGCAACCAGAUCCACCAAGGCGAUUUCCUCUGCGAAAUCAACGGCGACGAAGUGUUUACACUGCCCCACGUCCACCGGCUAUUGGUCGCGCUGCGGUCCGAGGCCUUUGUGCUCUUGCGCUUCCGGCGCGGCUCGCCCAUGACGCCGCUCCUCGUUGGUGCCAACAGUGCGGCCGAAACGACGUCCCCGCGGGCCGUGCCGACGCAACGCGAGCGCCAGCUCUCCCACCUCGUGCACGAUCUCGCGCUCAAGAACCAACUCCUCCAUAGCCAGCUCGCGGAAAUCCACGGACAACUCUUGCAAAAGAACCGGGAGCUUGAAAGCACCGAGCAGCAGCUCCAGGAAGCCAAGGUCGAAGCAACGCGAAGCAGCCGUCUCUGGCCGGCUAAAGGCAGCGGGCAGAACGCCAAGCUCGAGUUGGACACGCUUUUAACCGAGUGCAAAUCCCAGCUCAAGCGAGAGUGCGAAGAACAGAUGCAGCUUGAGCGCGCUCAGCUGCGCGCGACCCAUCGGCGCGAGCUGGAGCGUCACGAAGCCGCGAGCACGAAGAAGCUCCGGAUGCUCGAAGAGGCCCUUGGAUUUUUGAUUGACCAGGUGGACGCGCGCCCCCUGGACGAAAUGCCGCCGGUUUCGGACGAGGCGGUCAAGCUCCAAGACAUUCGCGGGAUCCUUGCAAGCUACGCGGCACGGCGACGCCAGAUCGACCGCCUCGUGCAGGAGACAGCACCUUCCGUCACGAGUGCGUGA